GCCGCGUCGCAGUCGUCUCAGACUCGUCACGCGUUAACUACACAAUGCCUUUACCAUUUAACAAGACCUUAGAUUUAAAAUUACUAACAUUAGUUAAAGAUAAUCCGAUUAUUUACAAUUCAAAACACGCGAAAUAUUUAGAUUUUGAUACGAGAGAAGUCGUUUGGCAGAAAAUAGGUGACGCUUUGAACCGACCGGCGCAGAUCUGCAAAACACGAUGGGUAAACAUAAGAGACAUGAUGCGUCGAAAGAUCAGAGACAGAUUACGGAACCCAAAUCACAGGAGUUACAACUACAAAUACGAAGAGGAACUGGCUUUCAUGCUGCCGUACUUCAAGGAAACCAAUUUGAACAGUGCGAACGAUGAAUACGCUGACUUCUUUGACGACACUAAUAAUUGUACCGUAGAAGCUGAUGUCUUCGACAAUGAAACCGAAGAAUUUCGUCAUGAAGCGAGAGAAAUUAAACCGAAUAUCAAUUUUAGGAAACGGCAAGAUGAUUCAGGGUCUUUGGUGCUAGGGAACGAAUCAUUCCAAGAACUAAAUCCAGCAGAUCCAUUAGACGUAUUCCUAAUAACGAUAGGUUCGACGUUAAGGAAGUUCAGUCCGUAUUACUUGAACCAGGCGAAGAGUAAAAUAUUCCAGGUGGUCCAAGACUACGAGCUGCAACAGAUCGUGAAUAAGGACGAGCAGCCAGGCAGUAGUGACGCGAAAAGAUAAUAAUAGGAUGUAUUAAAGGACAAUUUUGUAUACAACCGCGUGAUGGGAGUUUAUUCCAUAAGUUAUGCUAUUAUGUGACAAUGUUUUGUAUAUUUUUAUUUUAUAUUAUUACCUUUAAGAAAAACAAUGAAUCUGUUUGACCUCGUCUCUAUUUUUGUAUUUUAGGUGAAACGUCAAUCGAAAUAUUGUAUGCAAAUUUUCAAUUGUAUUGCAAUAGCAUAAAUAUGAACCCCAAAUUAGUAACGCAAAAACAUAUCUUUAAAACAGUUUUGGAAUAUCAAAUUAGAGAUUGGUAAUUUUCCUACGAUUUCAAACAAACGAAUCGUCCACUGCACAUUCCCCGUUGGUGCCAUACUGAACUGUGCUAAUAAUAUCCGACUUGACUGGAAAAUUGUGGCAAACUUGUAGUAAUAUUUAUCAGAUCCUAGUAAUGUGAUGCAUAUGUCCGUCAAACCUAUGCCAAUCGGCUUUUUUGGUUACUUGUUGUAAACAUUGCUGUAAUCUUAUUCUGUAAGUAAUGG